GGAAAUCCGGCCCUGGCUAUAUAUAGGACUGGAAAAAUUACUUUCGGUUUAGUAACGUCUCGGUGUGGAAGAGUCGGUGCGAUGGUUCGGAAGACGGCGGUUAUCGGUCUUCUGUUCAUGGUAUUCUUCCUGGAAAUCUCAUGGGGACUGGUGUACGUACGCACAGGAGCAAACGUAACCGGCUGUGAUAUGACGUGUCCUCCUGGGGUUUUAGAGAUUAUGGAGCUUUACAAGCAAUGUGGAGGAGAAGAGGAGCCGCUGCUGGAGCUCCACUGUAACAACGGCGACAUAUAUGGCAACACACACAGAAUCCACCUGGACAAAGUCAGCGGCUGCUGGAAGCUGACACAAGCUGGGAAGGAUGAUUCCUGUGUGUAUAAGAUCUGGCGUCAAGGCGCUAACAACAGAUAUCCUGUGUCCUCUACAGACAUCCGUGUCCUGGAUCCGGUUCUCAUCUCCAACAUCACCAGUAACUGUAGCCGGCUGGGCGAGGACAUGGCGGUGAGCGUCCAGUUCUCCGGAGAAGAGAGCGCUGUGACCUGGGAGGUGGACGGGGAGUCUCUACCUGGAAGAUACCGGCUAAUAGAUGAGAAUAGGACUCUGAUUAUCCCCAAUGUGCAGAGAGACGACGCCGAGAGGAGAUUCCGGGUCAGAAUCACAAACCCAGUCAGUGAGGAGAUCCGGGAAUACCGGCUCAAUGAUCCUGUUUCCAGAACUUGUCUGAAUGUGGAAGAUUCUCGUACAUAUGGAAGGAAAAUAGUUGCUCUGUUUGGUGUUCUAAUGAUAUUGAUAUUGCUAGCGGCGACGGUGACAUUCUACAUUCUAUAUCGGAUCCAUUCCAAGAGAGACGACAAGGCAAUCCAUGAAUAUGUGGCGCUAACUGAUGGGAAGAAUCUAUUUGGGGCCAUAUCUGAAAAUACUAUGGAGAAUGGAUCUGUGGCCACUAAAAAGAAUGAAUCGGAACCCAUUAUGAAGGAUGGCUAUAUGUCCACUAUGGGGAAUGUGCCUGGGACUACUAUAGAGAAUGGAUCUGUGGUCACUAUGGGGAAAGUGUCUGGGACUACUAUAGAGAAUGGAUCUGUGGCCACUAUGGGGAAAGUGUCUGGGACUACUAUAGAGAAUGGAUCUGUGGUCACUAUGGGGAAAGUGUCUGGGACUACUAUAGAGAAUGGAUCUGUGGCCACUAUGGGGAAAGUGUCUGGGACUACUAUAGAGAAUGGAUCUGUGGUCACUAUGGGGAAAGUGUCUGGGACUACUAUAGAGAAUGGAUCUGUGGCCACUAUGGGGAAAGUGUCUGGGACUACUAUAGAGAAUGGAUCUGUGGCCACUAUGGGGAAAGUGUCUGGGACUACUAUAGAGAAUGGAUCUGUGGUCACUAUGGGGAAAGUGUCUGGGACUACUAUAGAGAAUGGAUCUGUGGCCACUAUGGGGAAAGUGUCUGGGGCUACUGUAGAGAAUGGAUCUGUGGCCACUAUGGGGAAAGUGCCUGGGACUACUAUAGAGAAUGGAUCUGUGGCCACUAUGGGGAAAGUGUCUGGGACUACUAUAGAGAAUGGAUCUGUGGCCACUAUGGGGAAAGUGUCUGGGACUACUCCUAUACUACUAUAGAGAAUAGUUUUGAGUCCAUUUUAAAGAAUGGAUCUGUACCAUCUGUGGUCUGGGACUACUAGAGACUAGAUCUGUGUCUCCUGUAUAGAAAGGAGCUAUGCCCACUACUAAGUAAUCAUGUAUUGGAUGAUGAUGACAUGAUGAAUGCACAAGAAAAGGGUCUCUGUUUGGUCUAAAGAUCUUCUUCAAAGAUCAGUGUCAAAAGAAACGCGAUUUUGGUGGAAUCUCUUACGGAAUACUUGCAGAAGAGGAAGAUUUUCACGGUCAAGUAGUAUAGAAAUUUCUGCCUUUUGAAAUCUCAGAUGAGAAGUUUAAAGCAUAAAGUUUGCUUUGGGUCAGUGUUUUCUUUGGAGACAAAGAAGGUUCAAGGAGGUUUAAAAAGUUAGAUACAGAGGUGUUUAACCAGUGUCCACCCGGCCUAUAGUCAAAUGUCAGCGAGACGGGGACCUUCGUCGUCCCCGGGUAGACGCCUCGCAUGCACUCCACAGGCCAAGCUGUGGCGUGAUCUGUCACUGUCGACCGGGCCACUGCCAGUAUCAUGUUGACUGUGCUGUGACCAAUUACAGCAGAUCACAUGACAAUUGUAAGCAAUGGGUGGCUUCAUUUCGUGCCAUUCAUUGUGUACAAUUGUGUUGCUAGCUGGGAUUGGUCAAAGUGAUCACAUGGUACAGACAGGGCCAAUCACAGCUAAUAACAGUACUUACGGAAUGAAUCAGUUUCAUUUUUUUUUUUUUUUAAACAAUAGAUUUUUAUUGAAAGUAUUCACAGUACAGAUUAAAAUUGUCACAUUAAGCCUUAGUAACCAACCGAGUUACCUUGGUUCAUAAGAUUGUUCUUAUAACAAUACAUUACUUGGUAGCCUGUACCAGCCUACCCCUAUCGGGUUCAAUCUGUAGGCAUGGAUAGGCCUCCAAUUGAGUUAACUAUUUGUAUAUAAAAAAAAAAUCCUAAAGAAAACAUAAAAUGUGUGUGUGU